AUGUCUAGUCAAUUUUCUGUCUCCGAUAUUCCUGCGGAUGCCAUCUCUGCCUUGCGCUUCUCACCACAUCCAGAUUCCCUUCGCUUUGCCGUGGCCUCAUGGGACAAGCACGCAUACAUCUACGAACUCGCUGACGGAAAAACAUGUACUCAGGUUGCUAAAUUCGAGCAUCGAGCUCCGGUCCUCGACGUUUGCUUUGGCAAGGACGACAAUGAAAUCUAUACUGCAUGCUUAGACUGGGACGUGCGAAGAAUCGAUGUGGCUUCCGGCACACAAACGGUAUUGAGCACGCAUGACAACGGUGUCCGGUCCGUUGUCUAUAGCAAAGAACAUUCGCUCGUCGUUUCCGCCGCCUGGGAUUCAACGGUGCACAUUCAUCCUGGCGGAGAUGCAGAGUGGUCGACCGCCACGAUCAACCUACCUUCCAAACCUUUUUCGCUCGCCGUGUCAACGUCCAAGCUUGUGGUGGCAAUGGCAAAUCGCGCUCUUCAUAUCUACGAACUAAAAACACUCGCAAGUGAAUGCAAAAGCUCGGCAAAUUCGCUCCAAAAUAGACUAGAUAUUGAACCAUGGCAGAGGCGCGAGAGCAGUUUGAAGUUCAUGACGAGAGCAGUCGAUUGCAUGCCAAAUGACGAAGGGUACGCUUCCUCCAGCAUCGAGGGUCGAGUCGCGGUUGAAUGGUUUGAUCCGUCGAAUGAGUCCCAGGCUCGCAAAUAUGCAUUCAAAUGCCACCGUCAACACAUAGAUGAUGUCGAUGUCGUCUAUCCGGUGAACGCGAUUACGUUUCAUCCCAUUCACGGGACUUUUGCGACCGGUGGUGGAGAUGGAGUGGUGGCGAUUUGGGACGCCGUCGCGAAACGAAGAAUUCGGAUAUACCCCAAACUAGCCUCGAGUGUUGCCGCCAUUUCUUUCAGCUCCAACGGCAAAUAUCUCGCUACUGCAAUCAGCCCUGGAUUUGAGGACGGCAAGGAUGAGAUUUCUGAGGGCUCGGUCGGCAUCUUCAUUCGUGAACUGGGUGAGACCGAGGUCAAGAGGAAGGCAAAGUGA